GUUAGUUUCUUGAUGGGGUAAAAGGCAUUAUUAUCCUAUUCCAUACACGAAAUCAAUUCAUUAUGGCAUCAUCUUUUGAACUGUUGCUAAAUGAAGCUAUCAAAAAUCUCGAUGUCCCGUCAAUAGCAGUUGAAGCCAUACGGCGUGAUGGAUCGCCUUCACCACUCUUCACUUCCCAAAGCGCCAUCGGGAAUAACACUCUGUUCACAUUAGCUUCUUUGACCAAACUUCCUACAUCAAUUGCUGCUCUACAACUGGUGGAAAACGGCACCAUCGGGCUUGACGAUAAUGUAACUGACUUACUCCCGACCCUCAAGCGACAGCGCAUUUUAAAAGGGUUCAAGGUAGAUGGAGAGCCGAUCCUCGAGGAUCGCACAAAUCCCAUCACACUUCGUCACCUGUUAACUCAUUCGGCGGGUACAGGGUAUGAUUUUUCGAAUGAUGAACUUCGCAGAGUCCAAUCCUUCCAUGGGGAACAUUUGAGUGCCAAACCAACUAUUGAGCAGCGUUUCAAUCUGCCAUUAUUAUUUGAGCCUGGUGAAAGCUGGAAUUAUGGCUGCUCCAUUGAUUGGGUGGGAAAGCUUGUCGAGGUACUUACAGGCUUGAAGCUCGAAACAUAUAUGUCGAAACAUGUGUGGCAACCACUCGGAGUCACUAGCUUCACGUUCUGGCCACAUCAACGGGAUAGCGCAGCGAAACAGCUGGCAAUCUUGGCAGAACGAGACGACGAGACAAAGCAUCUGAGACCACUUCCUGAAGGUCUCUCCUUGAAUAUUGGCGCCACUGACUGUUUUGGUGGGCAAGGCGGAUAUUCUACAGCCGAAGACUUUCUCCAGCUACUUUAUUCGCUUCUGGCUAACGAUGGUCGCAUACUGAAACCUGAGACAGCGGACCACCGCAACGAGCAAAUCUGUGCUGAACCGCAAAAUGGAAGAUCCAUCUUGGGCAGUCGUCUAGGAGGAUUACUCAUCGAAACCGCUGACCAUGGUUGCUCGCUGUCGCGGGGCUCAAAUACACUGGUUUGGAGCGGGGCUGCGAACUUGUUCUGGUUUAUUGAUCGUCAAAACGGAAUAUGUGGAUUAUUUGCCACUCAAGUCAUGCCACCUGCUGACCAUGUCUCACAAGCCUUGAUCAAAGCAUUCCACGAGGAAGUGUACAAACAAAUUUCGGAAGAUGCAGCGCGACAAUGUUAG